AUGUCAUCUGAAUCGGAAGAGCAGCAGCUGAGCAAGAAAGCUGCCAAACAGGAGAAGUUGCGCCGCCGCCAGGAAGCUGCUGCCUUGGCCUCAGCGGCUUCUUCUCUUUUCGUCGAGGAGGAUGAUCCCUAUUCCUCCAACUAUGAUGCUGGCCAAUGUAGCCUAGUCAUUUCCUCCAUGGAAUGGACACCUGUUGGAGCUCUUACCCAGGAUUUGAAGGAGAAAGAGGUGCUUAUAAGGGAACGAGUUCACAUAACACGACCAGUGUCGAAGAAUAUGGCGUUCGUGGUGGUGAGAGAAAAGGGAUUUACCGUCCAGUGCUUGAUCACUACGCAAGGAGAGGGAGUUAGUCGUCAGAUGGUGAAGUUUGUAGCUAGACUCAACCGAGAAUCCAUCGUUGAUGCAAUCGGUGUGGUAUCUGUCCCUGGGAAUCCCAUCAAGGGAACCACCCAGCAGGUCGAGAUUCAUCUCAGCAAAUUGUACAUCUGUAUUAUGGUUAUAUGCAGGGCCGGUCAUGAUAUUUUAAGGGUCCUAGGCAAAAUAAGAGAUAAGGACCCUUAA